UUGAUUAGAGAUUGGUGAGCAACACGAUGACCGGCAGGGGGCGGGAAGACUAAAAUCGAGUGCCUCUCUCUCUCUCUCUCCUUCUUUCUGCAUAGUAAGCAUAACCUUUUACUGCCUUUUGCAGCUUCUCAAUGGAAAUAACAGCUCCCAGGCACACCUGCCUGAAGCUUCAAAUCCCCACCGCCCAAUCCGAACCAAUUUUCGUCAAAGGCAUAUGGUUCGAUUCUCACUUCCACCUGUCCAUCACUGAUGGCCUCAACGCUUGGGUCUGCGAUGCGACGGAAGAGCAGGUGAGGGAGAGAGCAUCGCAGUGGGACCAGCCGGUGUCCGAAUACAUUCAUUUGGCCGAGCAAUACCUGGGGUUUCAACAGCCCGGUUCCGUUUAUCUGUUUACCGAUGCCGGUGAUGGCCAUAAACGAUUGUCAUGGACAUUUGAAAAAGAAGGGACUAAGCUCGAAUGGCGAUGGAAGUGCCUACCAUCACCUGAUAGUAAGAAGGUUACUGCUGGAAUCUUGGACUUUCUCAUGGAUGCAAAUAUAAGGCUGAGUGAAGAAGUUGUCAGACAGACUCAAUCAUAUGAACGGCUGAAGGAGGAAGCUGAGAAGUGUUUGACACAAAGUGAGAAAUUCAACAGUGAGAAGAUGGAAUUUGAAUCUGCAAUAUAUGCGAAGUUUCUUGGGGUUUUGAAUUCAAAGAAACGAAAACUUAGAGAGCUUCGAGAUCAGCUGUCAACAAAGAAAACUUUUGGAAAAUUGCCAGAGGAAGAGGAAGAGUCCUCGGACAAAACUGAGAGUUUUGAUGAAGGCAGUGAUGAUGCAAAAAGUGAGGAAGAAACUCCAGAGAAACUUACAGGCACUUCAAAGAAUACACUAUCAAUUAGGGGUGGUGGUAGAAAGAGGAUUACACACAAGUAGAAAAAUAAUCUCUGUGAAGCUUUACAUUCCAGCAUGUUAGCUUCCCAACAAUUUGGAACCAAAAAGAAAAGUAAAGGGAAAGAAACAUGGGAUGAAGGGUUAUGAUAAUUCCCAUAGCUAUGUUGACUAUUUGCUUUAGGCAUAUUAGUGUCUAGUGUGCUUUCUGAAAGAUUCUCAGUUUUAGUAUUUCAGAAGAAAAUGCAGUAGUAAGAGCCGAAGGAACUGAGGUUUGAACUUAA